GGUGCUGCAGACAUUCAAAAUUUUUGUGACAAAGAACUCUUGCUGCCUUUUUAUUACCUUCUGUAUUUAGUGGGUCACAUGGGAGUCUGGUAUCGGGGAACUGCAACCAUCUCUGGAUGAGUUGCCGGUGCUGCACACUGCUUUUGUGCAGACUGGUGAGGAACUUCAUUACUUCAGCGAAUCUGGGCGAUUUGAAACGGAAAUGAUGGUAGGACAUAGAGUACAAUCCGACACUGCUAGCGGAGGGACGAAGGCAAAAGAGAAAAGGUAUAAUGUACGGAGGAUGGCAGGAGAUGAUUCGCUACCAAUUGAGUUUGACCCUCCUUUCCUCGAUUUUGGUGAAAAUGCCGUUGGGCAGUCUUCUAAGCGACGAAUCUUUGUUAGGAGCCGGCUUCAAAAGGCUGUUAUGUUGGAUUCCAUUAUUGGGGCUACUGUAAAUUUUCACACAUCCUUUUUCAACACCGUUGAAAUCUCUCCGCUCGGAACAGCAUUUUUUGAGGUCGCAUUUCUUCCUCGUGAGGAAGGCAAAGCUAGUGUUGCUAUAAAUAUACAUACUUCUGUUGGUAUCUUUGUGUAUCAUUCAGUUGUGCACCAAUUUACAAAUCCAAAAUCAGUGUAG